CCUUGGUCAGAUCGCUUGAGGACUGAACAAACAGAGCGCACUUAAGUGGGCUAGAGCAUGGUGUGUAAGGACUUUCUGUACUUGGCAAGCCGGCUAUUCACUAAAGGCUGAUUGGAAGCAAUAUGGAACCUGAAAAUAAGGAGUCUGAAAAUACAGAAACGAAAACUACGGAAACUGAAAACAUGGAAUCUGAAAACAUGGACACUGAAACCAUUUCUUCAGUUUCAGCCCUGCAGGCUCUGUCUAAGCUACUUUUUCCUGAAGAAGAGGAUGAUUUUGAGCCUAGACAGGUGCCAAAUUGUUCAUAUGUUUAUGAAGCCAUGGGUCCUGGGAAUAUUGGACCACCCAGCACAGAGGAGCUCAAAGACAUCCCUCAAAGCAGUGAUGAAAAUGUGGAGGAUAUCUGGAAUGCAGAGGAAGUUGCAGAGGGAGCAGAGCACGAUGACAUGUGGGAUGUUAGAGAAAUACCAGAGUAUGAGAUUAUAUUCAAACAGCAGGUGGGAACUGAGGAGCUAUUCCUGGGAUUUUCGAGAAAAGAUUCUUCAACAGCAUGUUGUGAAGAUCUUGUGAUUAAAACUAAACUGCCGAAUACAAACCCUUCUGAAAUUGAAAUUGAUAUCCAGGAAAUGAUUCUUGAUCUUCGCACUCCUAAUAAGAAGCUGUUGAUAACCCUUCCCCACCCUGUGGAAUGCAACAGUGCCAAAGCCUUUUAUACCCUGGAGACUGAGACUCUUGAAGUCACUCUAACAAUGAAAAGAGACUUGGAUUUCAUUAAUUUCGUCUGAAACUUCAUUAGUAAGGGGGAAACAUGGUAAAGCAGCACUGCUAAAAAAUAAAAAACUUUGAAGAAUGG